GGAAACAUCCGCGUUCCGUGCACUCACGCCCGCCACAGCAAGCGGGGCGGAGCCCGUGAGACGCUACCACCGGCGGGGGUGGGGGCCCGAUAGAGACUUCGAGUGAACCGCCAGCGGCAGCAUAGGUGUCUAUGCUGAGGAACCCUUCAAAAACCACCGUAAUCCACUCCUGCCAAUGUUGACCUCUGUCCUGGCUGCUCUAGCCGCGUUCAGCUCUGCAGCGAUCGCAGCGCCCCUCGACAGUACAUUCAUCGAACUACCCGAUGAAAUGAACAAUGGCACUCUCUACUCAAUCAGUGACUUUUCUCCGAAAGUCUUCGUCAAGACCGAUGAAUUUGAGCUGAACUUCAAGUCCUGUGUUCAAUUCACCUACAAGCUACUGAAGCCCAAAGUUCGACUACGCGCCUAUACCUGCCUUCUAUCAGAAGGAGGUUUCUGCACACUCGACAAGUUCGCCUAUCCCAAAAACCGGGAAGGAUGCGCAUAUCUGCGCCCUUGGCUCUACCCAUUCGACAGAUAUUCGUUUUACUUCGUGCUAGAACGUCGCCAACGCAAGUACGGUAUACUCAGGAAGCGAAUCCAACGAGUCUCCCGGAAGACUGGCCGGCUUUCCACGGCCACUUCUGGGGAACUGCAGCUCUUCGGGGUUGUACCGUGUGACCAAGUGUGUGGGAAGACCAAAAGCGAUAAUCGGACAGGUUGAGCAGUCUGAGGUAUAUUCUAUACAUUUUGACUAGUUCAUAUGAUUAGUGUUGAGAUUUACAUUUGCUUUCUUGAUUUUUGUGCCGAUGUGUUCCUCACUUGCCCUUCCCUUGCUCGCUUUAUUCUGUUUUGUUGAUUUUAGUGCCAUUCCUCGCUGUUCUUUUUUUUUCCUAAAAUUGCGCUGACCUGCCUUUAAUUCAUUUUGAUUUCAAGAUGAUCACUGUAAAUGUCGUUCACAUGAGACGGUUACAUGAAGUGCUUAGUGAUGAGAGCAGCUUCUCCCUCUCCUCUCGGAGUGUUUGCUUUUCAUUGGAAAUCGAGCGCUUCGCACCCGCAUAGAUCUCGCAAAUGACUAGCUAUGACCUCAGAUA